CGUCUUUGAUUCGAUUCUCCAUUAAAAAAAAACAGAGCUUUAUGAGAGAGUUCGAUCUCCAAAUAAAAUGGUGAAGGGAUGCGAACAAGUAGACUGACGAAACCGAUCGUUCUUCUCACGACCGCACUAUUGAGCACUGCCUUCUUCUUCGUAAUCUUCUUCUUCCAAAACAAUCCUUACUUGUCAUCCACCUCUUCAUCUUCACAGAACCCAGACUCUAUGGCUCGAACCUUCAUCUUAUGGCUUCACGGGCUUGGUGAUUCUGGACCUGCCAACGAACCCAUCAAAACGCUUUUUAGGUCCCCGGAGUUUAGGAACACUAAGUGGCUCUUCCCUUCUGCUCCAUCAAAUCCAGUCUCCUGCAAUUAUGGUGCAGUGAUGCCUUCUUGGUUUGACAUACCUGAGCUUCCUCUUACUGCGGGCUCUCCGAAAGAUGAAAGCAGUUUGCUUAAAGCGGUUAAGAACGUUCAUGCUGUUAUAGAUAAAGAGAUUGCAGGAGGCAUAAAUCCGGAAAAUGUGUAUAUCUGUGGAUUUAGCCAAGGAGGUGCAUUAACCUUGGCUAGUGUUCUUCUUUACCCGAAAACUCUUGGAGGAGGUUCAGUCUUUAGCGGAUGGAUUCCAUUCAACUCUUCGAUCAUCAGUCAGUUUACUGAAGAUGCUAAAAAGACACCAAUCUUGUGGUCUCAUGGCAUAGAUGACAAGACUGUACUAUUCGAAGCUGGUCAAGCAGCUCUUCCUUUUCUUCAACAAGCUGGUGUGACUUGUGAAUUCAAGGCUUAUCCGGAUCUUGGACACUCGAUCAGUAAUCAGGAGCUGCAGUAUCUGGAGUCAUGGAUCAAACAACGGAUGCAGAGCUCGUCGUCUUCUUCUUAAAUGGUUUUAAAAGGCAACACUACUGCACUCGAGAAAACAUCCUAAUAUCGAUCACAGUUAGAAGAACAAUGAUAACAUCAGCUCAUCUUCUGGUCCAGUUUCUCUGUCGUGAAAACCGGUUUCGGUUUAAUGUGUCAUGUUUCGUUGGUUAUGGAAACUUUUACUAUUCGUGUAACACACAGAAGUUGUAAUUUCCAUUGAUUUGAAUUAUAUAAUUUGGCAACUCGGAUCUUUUGAUGUGUUCAAAAAAAGAGAACAGUCAACUU